UAUAAUAACUCAAUUUUAUUUAGUUUCUGAUUUUAUUUUCGUCUUUCACAGUCAGUUACAACACAAAAUUAUAAGUCGUUGCAAUACGUACUUUAAAUAAAUUAUUAAAUUGAGUGUGUUUGACUGAGGAGUUUGAUUGAGUUCAGCAAUAAUUUACAUACAAUCUUUUUUAAUUUAUUAAUUGAACGUUCGGCACCUUACCAGUGUAAAUUAUGAAAUAAAUAAACAUAAUUUGAUAGAAUCGUCAAUUCACUGAUACAAUAAAUAAAUUGUUCAAAAUGCCUGAAACUACUGUAGCGCAAGUGGAUGAACAAAUCUCAGAAACAAAUACUCGCACAAUAACUAUAAGUGAACUGCCUGGAAGACCAAUUAAUGUUAUAUUAGAGUUCGCUCUUUUUUUGACAAUGAUGGGACUAACACUUUCGUCAACGGCAAUAAGUAACAUUGUACUGUACCGUUCCUGUGUGCAUUCCCUGCACUACAGUGUAGAGGAAUGUCGCCCAUUCCUGUCUCCAGAGAGGACUAAUGAUACCAAGCAUUUGGAAGUAGAAGUACAGAAAUAUGUAACUUAUGUUACCACUGUGAAGACUAUCAUAGAGUCUCUCGGGCCAGCAUUUUUGUCUCUAUUCCUGGGGGUCUGGUCUGAUACACAUGGAAGAAAACCUUUGAUAGUAUGGCCAUUAUUUGGUCUGACUUGGACAAGCAUGUCUAUCGUUGUGUUCGCUAUGUUGGACAAUCUGGGUCCCUGGUGGUACACCCUGACAGUGAUCCCAAUAUCCAUAACUGGCGGUUUCUCGGGGCUUUUUACAGGCGCCUUUUGUUACAUCAGUGAUGUGAGCACUUCUAAAAAUAGUUCGCUUAGAAUGACUUUAAUGGAAAUCGCCGUGUCUGCAGGCAGUGUAGUCGGCUCCUUAGCUUGUUCUCAUUUAUUAAAAGCUGUCGGCAAUGUCUACAUGCUACUGAUAGCAGCAUCUAUUUUCGUGUUAGCAUAUGCAGUCACAAAUGUAUGGCUUCAAGAAUCAUUGGUCGGAGCCGUCCCGGGAACCCUGUCAUCAGUGCUCGACUUUUUACUAAUAAAAGAGAUGGUAACAGAAUGUUUUAAACGUCGUCCAAACUAUCUGCGGGCACAGAUACUCAUUCUGACUGUUGCAAAUAGUUUGAACGUGUUUAUACUUUACGGCCUAUCAGGUUUAGAGUACUUAUACACGAGAGAGAAAUUGCACUGGUCCUUAAAGGAUUUCAACCAAUUUUCUGCUGCCAGUGUGCUAAUUUCCUUUGUUGGCUCAUUUUUGGGUGUGGCUGUGAUCCAAAAGUACUGCAAAGUGAGUGACUUGGCGUUCUCGGCGAUCUCGUUUGCGUCAUCGGUUGGGGAGUACGCGAUAAAGACGAUUGCUGUUGCUUCUUGGCACAUGUACUUGGCAUCAGGCGUGUCAUCGUUUGGCAGUCUGUCCGCCCCGCUCAUCAGGUCUUUCCUCACAAAGAUUCUGCCUGUCCAAGACAUCGCCAAAGUUUUCGCGUUAAUGUGCGCGAUCGAAGGGAUUUUCCCCUUGAUAUCACCAGCUCUAUACAAUGCAGUGUACAACCUAACGAUUGCUUCAUUCCCUGGGGCCAUAUUGUUGAUGACUAGCUUCGUGAAUGCUAUCUGCUUAGUUAUGCUACUUGUCGUUGUUUAUCUCAGAUGGAAAUCGCCAUCAGUCAGUUACGAACCAGUGAACUCUGUCUCUGCUGUCGCUGAAGAUUGAAGGAACAAAGAGCAACGUGUAAACUCCCAUUUAUUAAGUAUUCUAAAGUUAUCGGUAAAAUACUUAAAGUAAGCAGAUAAUAUUUUUGCAUCUUUCAAUGUAUGAUUAUUAUUGAGCAAAGCUUGGGAAAAAUACACUAUUCCUAUAAGUGUUUACCCAGCCAACACAGUAUAGCUGUAUAAAUUUUGCGUAAAAGCAAUCUUUUAACUUUAAGCUGGAUAAAGUAUUUGUAUAACUUCUGUGUAAGCGCUUAUACAGGUGAUAUUCAAGCAAUUUGGGCACAAAAUAUCUUUCUUCAAUUUGGUUAACAGUUGAUUAAUAGCCACAUAGCAGCUGAAUAAAUGUACGACGCACUGAAUAUCUUCUGCAUAAAUUCUGAUUUUUCUUUAGUCCAGAAAUUAUACAUCUUUUAUGCAGUUGUUAAUUUGUGAGUUCAGAUAUUCAAAUGAUAUACGAAAUUCCGAUCUUUGGAGUAGUUUUACAAAGAAAUUAUUCAAGUAAAAAUUAUUUUUUAUUGUGACGGGAUAAAUUUGUGUCGCUUAGUUCAAAAUAUUGUAAAUGGUCGCCGAUAUAAAAUAGCGUAAAUGAUUUCAUACAUUUUAAGUAAGUUUAAGGUGAAUUAUAUAAACGCAUGGCACUUUACUGUGAAUUAUCAACAUGGUCAUUAUACAUUUUUUGAGCGCCUCAAGAUAAAGCUAUAUUUUAAAAGGUAAACAAAUGUGAAAUAAUAUUUAAAUUAAAUGAUCUUUACUUUUUAUCAAAUUUCAGUCCCAGCAAGUAAUGAGAAUCAAAUUUUGUAUAACUGAUAAUGUUUCCUACUCACUAAACAAAGUGUUUCAUAAGAUAAAUGUUGAGGAUUUAUAAAAAUAGGUUUAUGUCGAACGUUAGUUAAUGGCGGAAGGCCAAUUUGAAUUAAAGUGUUUAUAUCAGUGAUUAUUUUGCUUAUUUUUGCAUAAUAGUUCACAUACUACUACAUAUCCAGAAAUUAUUUGGUUUAAAGUACAAUAAUUAUAUAUUUAUCAGCAAAAGGUCUUAAAUUACAUAAAACAGUAUACUUUUAUUCAGCUUUUUAGGGUGCUUUUUUAUAGAAAAUAAAUCCAUGAAUAUUUGAGGGUGAUGGGACCUAUACUAAUGUAGGUAUUUAUAGUACUACUAUGAAUGACGCAUUGCGUAAUAUUUAGUUAGACAAUUGUUUAUAUUACCAACUAAAAUUGUAGGUAGUUGCAACCAAAAGUUUCGCGCUUGUUACAAAAUACACCCAAGAGCACCUAAUUAUAUUUCCAUUUAAAUCUCUUUUUUAAUAUCUUUCACACAUAUGUAUGUAUUGUCGUUAUCUGCACCUAAAGUUGGACCUAGUCUAUGUGUUUGAAUCACUAAUCCUGAUGGUGAUGCAUAAUCAUCGUGUACAGAACCCUCUUCAACUGUGUUGGUCGCACUUGGCUCGGGCCCAUUUGUAUCAGAUGUUAAACUCUUUUCUAUUACUGUACAGAUACUAUUUUUUAUCUUUACAUACUCUCGUGAACAUUUUCUUCUUGUUCCUCCCGUUCUCUUUUUUUUCCAUGAAUCAUUUACUCUUUUGUUAUUAUUUUUCUGAGGAGGCAUAUUGUUGAUUUUGUCACAAAAUGGUGAAAUAUCUGGAUAUAAACAUACGAUAUCUUCAACUAAUCAGUUAUUUGCUGCUUAAGAUACCCACAUUUGUAACUGAUAUUGUUUUAAGUUUAACAUAAAGACAAUUGUAUGCUUAUAGCGCUAUAAGUUUGGUAAAACAAGGAGUUUAUUUUCAAUUUUGCAGAAGUUAGCUGUAAAAAGAAGAAAAUAUCUAAAUUAUUCAGCAUCUGAAUAAAUUAGUACCAUUUCGUACACUAAACAGCUUAAAGAAAGUAUUUUGUCUAAUAUUCAGCGUUUUGCUGUUUAACUGCUUUUCUUUAAAAUGUUAUACAGGUCAAUGCAAAAAUUUCAGCUAAUGUGCAGAUAAUAGCUGUUUCAAUUACUUUUAUUUGAAUAUCGCUUGUUUAGCAGAUACUACUCUUGAUUAUUAUUCAGCUUGAAAAAAUACCGCGAACUUUAUGCAGAAUUUAGUAAGCUUACAACAUUAUUUUAAUUUAAGAACUCUCUUAUUCAAAAUUAAGCCAUAACAUCAGCUGUAAUACAUAAUUAAUAAAGCUUGACACUGCUUAUUGUGGUAUAUUUUCGCUAUUAUCUGGCUUAUGUGUUGGCUGGGUAAGUUUUACGUAAAUGAUGUUCAAUUUUUAUAUGUUACAUAGGUACCUAGUUUUAAUCAUUACAAGAAAAGUUGAAUUGACAUCGGCCCUGUGUUGCCAGAGAUUUGCGUAGAAAAGGGAGAAAAAAACUAAAACUAUGAAUUACAUAACUUUUAGCAAUAUUUAUUGGAAGUAUAUUAAAUAUACUUUUUUACUUUUGUAUAGUGUAUUGAUAUUGAUUAAAAGUACUAGCUAGUCUGCUCCUGCGGAGCUGGGAAUGUAAUAUACACAUACCUGUGAUAGUUAUAGUUUAUGUAAUAAUAAGUAUAGGAUAUAUUGUAGAUCAAUUGUUGGUACUUAAAGGUAUGGCUAAACCAAUGGUAUAUAUGUAUAUGUGCCUUAAUAUAAAGGAACCAUAGAAUGGUUGUAACGUAACUUAUUACUAGCCAGUGACAGUGUGUUUAUUGUAUUUUUGUAUGUCGUAUUUAUAUAAAACUAGCUUUUGCGCGGAGCUUCGCUCCCGUUCGAAUUUCCAGAAAAAAGGAGCUGUUAUUCGUAAAGGUCUUUUAUAUCUGUGCACCAAAUUUCAUCAAAAUCGGCUCAGUAGGUAGUUUUUGAGUUAAAAAUUAAACAUAAAAAAUACAAAUCUUUUCUCUUUAUUAUCUGUGUGGAUUGGAAUCAAGUGUGUAUGUAUCCUACCUGAAUUUUUCUACCUGGUGAAAAAUACCUAUGCACGAUUCGGCUACAGCUUUGACGAGGGAAAGUAAUGUCAUUUGAGACCUAGCCUAUGGGUAUCGUAAUUAUUUUUCCUUCGUCGAACGCUUUCUUUACAUAUCGACUACAUUUGAUCAAAGUACAUACCUAGGUAUGUCUUUUGAUACCGUGCCUUUUUAUAUAAUAAAUCACAUAUGGUUCAA